AUGGGUAUUCCAGUUAUUCAGCUUGUGGUCGCAUUUGGGCGGCAAAUGUCACGCCCAAUAGCGCGCAAAAUAAUAGCUUAUGCUAUAAAGCAUCCAUAUCUUAGAAACAGAAUUCUUGUUCCGGUGGGCAGAAGUCUACAUGCUAUUUCAUUUCGUUUGCGAAUCAAAAGUAUAGGCCUUGCUGUUCCAUCUAAGACACCUACUGUGACCGAACAACAAGCAAUCGAAAUGGCUAGUGAAACGCUUGUAGAAGCACUCAUUUAUCUGUUGACUGUUGUAUUGAUAUAUGCAAUUUACCGGUCGAAUCCAGAAAAAGCUAAAGCUAGCGAUGUAGAAAAAUAUGUUAAAGAAAAUGAAGAUAGGAUAGCGAAGUUUGAAGAAAAGCUCAAAGAACAAGAUGAAUUAGCGCUAAAAAUUGUGAAGAUCAUCCGCGAGAAGAAACUGGAUGAUAAGAACAUUUUGGCAGAAAAAGGUCAGAAGGGUCAACUCCUGUCUUUCAUUGGUGACAAAAUGAAGACACUGAUACCUGGACAAGACAAAACAUCUCGUUAG